AUGAGUAAUUUUACAGACAAAGCCAGAAUUGACUUCUGGAUUCGAAAGCCAAACUAUGGGAAGUACACGAAGAAGGCACGAACCCUGCCUGAUUUAUUAAAAGACAUUAAAUCAAGAAUUGAAUUAAACGAAAGAGAAGCUAAAUCUGUUAUGGAGUAUCUCGAUAAUUUAAUCAAAGAAAAUAAUACUAUCAUGGCAAAAUUAGUGGAAGAAAACCUUCUCAAGCGAGAAGAAUUGGUGAAAUCUUUGUACAAAGAUGUUCAAGAUACUUCACCUGCCGGAGAUAAUGGUGAAAUGGCACAGAAGCGAAAACAUACUCUUCAAGAAACUGUAGAAAAAAGUUUAGAUAAGUUGUGCCAUAAUCUCAGGAAUUUAAAUUUGACACAAUAUGUAACCAAGAAGAAAGAGGAUAGUAUGGAAGAUUGCAAUAAAAAAAUAUGCUUUUUUGAAAGCGUUAAACAAAAGCAAAGUACUUAUGAAGACAAUUUGCUUCAGCGGCUUCGUACGAUAUACAAUAGCUACAACAAAGUAAACUUCAAAUGGGAGAUGGCAUGUAACACUGUCGCUACUUAUAAAUAUUUGGUCAAUCAAAUGAAGAAAGAAUUGAUUAAUAUUCCUCAUGAGCUAGAAUUGAGUGAAAAGGGUUUGACUGAGGCGAAAAAGGAACUAGGAGAGCUAUCGAUUUUAUAUGAAAAUGAAGCCAAAAGAUGCUUAAAAGCGCAAACAGAAUUAGAAAACACAAAACGUCUUCUAAUCGUUGGUAAACAAACUCAGGAGUCUAAUUUGGAAGAAAAAAAAUUGAAAAAUAAAAAAUUGAAGACAGAAAAAUCUAAUAAAGAUACGGGUAUAAAUGAGGCCGAACGAGAAUUGAAAGAAAAUCGAAUGAUAUCUAUAAAAAAGGAACUAGAAGACACAGAGGUUAAAUUUACUAAACUUAAAGACAUGAAUGAAGCAAUAAAAUCAGAGCUUGAUAUUAAAAAGUUAGAUGAUUUACCCCCAAGAAUUCACUGGGAAAAUAGUGCCAAAGAGCAGUUAAUGGCUGCUAUAAAUCAGGCUCUUGAAACUCUCAUUUGCAAAAAAGAAGAAAUUCGUCACAUCAAAGAAAAUAUGGAAGCCGCUGAGAUUAAAAGAUCACAGGAAUUAGAUAAAAUGAAUGACUGGAUUUAUGAAAUCAGGAAUUUGUACCUAAUGGGCAAAGAACGUCAUUUCAGCGUACACAAACGGAGUUUGCAAAUAAAAGAUCUACUUGACCAAUAUGAAAGUGUGAAGAAAGACCUUUGUGACCAUAUUGCAACAGCAUUUCCGGUUGCAAUAAACAGCCAAACUCUAACUGAGGCAAAAGAAAAACUUGAAGACAUCAUCGAAGAAUUGCGGCCCAAGCCAACUAUCGAUACCAUAAUUUCCGAAAUGGAGGUUGGUGAUGGAGAAGAAGUAUAUGAAAUGAAAUUUCCGUUGGAUUACAUGGGUGCACAAGAUGAGAAUUUAGCCUUUGAAUUGACGGAGGCCCAAAACGAGAAAUAUAUUUCACACGCAGAGGCUAAAUUGAAAUCCAUGAAGAUCGUUGAAGAGGCGAAAAGUAGGAAAACCUAG